AUUCACAUGUGAAUGUUCCAACCAUAUUUUCCAUAUAUAAGGGCCCCGGCUUUCUAUAUUUAUAUAUAUAAUUGUUUCUGAUUUGUUGUCUACUGCUUCAAAAAAAGCUCCUCUCCAAUGGCCAUCUGAAUUUGCAUCAUCAAGAAUCUGCUCAGCAUCUCAAAAGGUGUAGUACUUUUACUCCAAAAGGAAGGAACAAUCACAGAAAUCCUAUCCUGAAUCAAUCAGAAAAAUCAUGCUUCUCAGAAGCUCUUCAACCCCAAUUCUUGGUUCCCUCCACUCAUCCUUCACAGACAGUCCUAAUAACAAUAGCAUUCACUCUGAAUCCUGCCAUGCAUUCAAGCAUCAUCUUCCACCAUGUGUCCCUCAACAUCAUCACCAAAAAAUCUCUUUCCAUCAAUCUCCCUUUAUGCAGUUCUCAUGCACUUCCUCUCCAAUCUCACCCUCAAUCUCUGAAGGCCAAUGCAAAGGCUUCAGAAGAGUUCAGUCUGAAGGGAACUUGGAGGAUUUAGCUAUUGCUACUUGCAACAACAACAAUGAAGACAUAGUAGGAGAUAUUCCUUUCAAGAGAUUUUCAGCAAGACCAAAGUGUAUGGUACUUGAGACUAUUCCCUCUUUCUCUGUUACCAAGCACAAAGGCUUGUGCGAAGAAGAUGCAGACGAUGAAGAAACCGACAGUGACAGUGACAUUGAAUAUGAGAAAGGAAGUGGAAGCUUAAUGAAUCUUCAAAAGGGUAUGGUACUGUCUGAAGAAGUGAGAGAUGGAAGCUGCAGGGUAGGUUUUGCUGAGAGGGAAGAAGAGUUUGGUGGUAAACAAAUGUAUCUUGCAAGAGGGCUUGGAGUUGAUGUCUGCGUGGAUGGCAUAGGUGGUUGCAGGGGUGGUAGAGGUGGUGGCAGUGGUGGUGGUGGUGGUGAUUAUAACUCCAUGAGCUCUGGAGGAAAUGAUGGAGAUAGAUCUGGGGUGGAAGAAUAUUACAAGAAGAUGCUGGAAGAAAAUCCUGGGAACCCUUUGUUUCUGAGAAAUUAUGCUCAGUAUUUGUAUCAGUGCAAAGAAGACCGUGAAGGAGCCGAGGAGUAUUAUUCGCGUGCCAUCCUAGCAGAUCCAAAAGACGGCGAUGUUCUAUCACAGUAUGGGAAGCUAGUUUGGGAGCUACACAAGGACGAAGAACGAGCGUCAGCCUAUUUUGAAAGAGCGGUACAAGCCUCUCCUGAAGACAGCCAUGUACAUGCAGCAUAUGCAAGUUUCCUUUGGGACACAGAGGAGGGUGAGGAUGAUUGCAAUGAUUCAGAGUGUUUGCCACCACAAUUUCAUCAAGGAGCUAUGGCUACUGCUAGUGCCUAAAGAAAAAUGGAUUGAUGAUUUAACUGGUGAAGAAAUAGCAAUUGGUUGCAGAUAAAUAUGUUGCUACUACUUACUAGCGUCUAAAUAUGUAUAGGAGGUCUGAGUAUUGGUAUGAAAGGGUUGAGCUGAGAAGCGUAGUUCAUUGUGUGAAGUGAAAUCAUAUCAGACUGAUGACUGGUCUUUAACUUUUGAGUUUGUGAUGCACAAUUGGUCCCUUGAAAGCAGAAGUAUUAAGAUGUGAUUGGUGUUUGUAAGCAAGCUGAUUAAGUAAUCAACAUAUUGAUUAGCUAGCGUGUCACAA